AUGGAAGACUACAACAGCUCACAGUACCCAAUGGAUGAAAAGAGAGAACCUGUAAAUGCAACACUUUACAGGAGACUGGUCGGGAGCUUAAGGUACUUGGUUCACACAAGACCUGACAUAAGCUACAAUAUUAGGGUGAUGAGCAGGUACAUGCAAUAUCCUAAGCACAACCACUAUGCAGUUGUAAAACACAUCCUCAAAUAUGUGAAAGGGACAACUGAACAUGGGCUGGUGUAUCGCAAGGGCGGUGAUGGCAAGCUCAUUGGCUAUAGUGAUAGUAGCUAUAGCAAUGAUCGCGGGGAUGGAAGAGGAACCACAAGAGUGGCCUACUAUUACUUAGGGAAUUUAAUCACAUGGACCUCACAGAAACAGAAAACUGUGGCCUUAAGUUCGUGUGAGGCAGAGUAUAUCGCUGCAACCGCAGCUGCCUGUCAAGGUCUUUGGCUAAGAAACUUGUUCAGUGACCUGGUUGGAAAGAAAUCUCAAAAGGUGAAGUUGUUCAUCGAUAAUCAAUCCACUAUAGCCCUCAUAAAAAACCCAAUCUUCCAUGGGAGGAGUAAGCACAUAGACACCAAGUACCACUUCAUUCGUAUGUGUGUUGAAAGAGAACAGAUCCAAGUGGAGCAUGUGAGUGGAGAUCAACAGAAGGAUAAUGUUCUAACCAAGGCAAUGCCAAGGAUAAAGUUUGCUAAGAUGAGGGCCCUAAUUGGUGCAGAAGAUAUGAAGAAGAAAGGUCAACCUUGA